AGACAGCUCAUGCCAGCACAGUCCUCAACUAACCUGUAAUCCGAAUAAAAAGCCACCGUCAUCACCUCGCACCACCACUUCACAUAACUAUGACUUCUUCUUCUAUCACCAACAUGGCCUCCUCUCUUGCACUCAUUCUUCUUACCCUCACUCCCAGUCUCUUCCUCCUCCUCGUUCCCCAGGCACGGGCCCAAUCUGCCCCGGCGCCAGCUCCGGCCGGCGCCCUUAACCUCACCGGCAUUCUGGACAAAGGCGGCCAAUAUACCACCCUCAUCCGCCUUCUCACUCAGACUCAACAGAUGCAACAACUCCAAUCACAGCUCAACUCAACCUCCGAGGGCUUCACCGUCUUCGCUCCCACCGACAACGCCUUCCAGAACCUCAAGUCCGGCGUCAUCAAUGACCUCACGGACGAUCAGAAGGUGAAGCUCAUGCUCUACCACGUUACACCCAAGUACUAUAACCUGAAUGACCUUCUCACCGUUAGCAAUCCCGUCAGGACCCAAGCCUCCGACUGGGGGUUGAACUUCACCGGCCAAGGGAACCAGGUCAAUGUGUCCACCGGAGUGGUGGAGUCACCUAUUCAUAACGCCUUGAGGCAGAGUUUCCCUCUUGCGGUUUACCAGGUCGACCAGGUGUUGCUCCCCGAGGAGCUUUUCGGAGACUCUCCGGCUCCGGCUUCAUCUCCCAAGGCCUCUAAGACUCCAGCGACCAAGAGCAAAAGCAGUGACGAUGGUUCGGCUCCGUCGUCGCCUUCCGCUUCGUCGGAGGAUCGGAAUGGUGCUAGUGGAAGGAAUCUGGGCUUCGGCUCGGCCGUUGGGCUUGCGUUGAUUUGCAUGGGAGCCCUGUUUUGAGCAGAAAGCAAUGACGAUGAAGAUGGGAACUUGUGUUCUUUUUUUCCAUGAGAAUCUUUUGUUUUGAUUUUCUACCUCGAUUUAUUCUGUUCUCUUCUCCCUCUUUUUUUUUCUUUUUUCGUAUGAUAAGUUCUCCCAUUUCAUUCGUGGGUGAUUUUUUAAAAAGGGGCCAUUUUGGGGGCCAUGACACAUGUACGUCUACGCCGAUCGUUGGUCUUUGUAUUUAAUUUAUUGUUUCUGUUUUUGCAAGCUUUGAUGAUGCCACAUUGGAUCCCCCCCAAAAAAAAAAAUGAUACUCCACAUACUUAUUGUACUUUUCUUAUGGACUUAAGAUGAUAGCAAAGAAGAAAAUGGAAAUCAUUCAUGGUG